UUUUAUAAUUGAGAUGAUCAGAAAGUAAUAAAUGUAAUAUUUUGAACUAUUAAUAAACAGCGUCAUGCAACAAAAUUAGCUGCGGUGGUAGUGUACUAUCACUUUGUGAAAAAUCUCAUUAAUCACCUAAGAUAGUAAGUAAAUAAAUAAUUUAUUUUUUUAAUUGUAAUAACUAAUUUGUUAAAGAUGUCAGAAUAAAUUUAGUGAAGAGGAAACUCUAUGAUUGUAGGUCUGUAUAUAAAUAGAGGGUGUUCUAAUUAAGGAAUGAAGGCUGUAGUUGGCCGCUAUAUGAUGUGACACAUUGAGACGUUUUAUAAACAAUAUCUUUAACUUUUCUAGAAUCCACUGUGGAUGUGAAUAAUUAUAAUCAAUAAAGAGAAUGUGAUAGAAGAAAAAUGGUGCUUAUAUGUAUGAGAAACAUAUACGAAUCAUUAGUGAAAUUGAAUUUAUAGUAAAUAUGGCAUACAUCAAAAUGAAAAAAGGAGAAAACAAUAUAUACUUGUUCAUAUAAAUUGUGGUCUAUUGUACUUUUGAUAUGGUAGCAGAAGAAGAGGAUUGGUCUUUAGCAUUUUUGAACGGAUGCAGGUUUUGGUUUCCAUUUGUAUUUGUUCCAGUUAUUGUCAUAAUAGGCAUUAUCGGCAAUGUGAUAACAAUAAUUGUAUUAACAAGAAAAAGAAUGAAAAGUUCUACCAAUAGCUAUUUAACGGCAUUGGCAAGUUCAGAUCUUCUCUUUUUAGUAUUUAAUAUGAUUUUAUCGCUUGAGCAUUACAGAGGAAUGAAACAUCUAGAUUGUAUAACUUACUGGCAGAUUUGGAGAUUUUCCAUUUGGUUAGCUGAUGUGACAGGUGGAAUCUCAGUAUGGUUAACAGUGUCUUUUACGCUUGAACGCUACAUAGCAGUAUGCUACCCUUUAAAGGGGAAAAUCAUUUGUACUGAAUCGAGAGCAAGAAAAGUGAUUACUGUAAUAGUGAUUCUAGUGCCACUGAUAACAAUAACUACUCCAUUUGAAUAUACAGUAGAGCUCCAAAUUGAUGAAAGAACCAACACUACCCAAGGGAUAGAUACUAGUGAACUGGGGAAGAAUGAAACUUACAAAACAUUAUUUUACACUACUUCUAGUAUACUGUUUAUGAUUAUACCUUUCAUAAUACUCACCAUUUUUAACUCACUUUUGAUCACUGCUGUUCAACAAAGUCAAAAGCAUCGAAAUAAACUUACUGAGGAUUACAGGGGUGUCAGUGGUUCAAUUAGAUCAAAGAGCAAUAAGAGGUCAUCAGUUGUUAACAUGAACAAUAAAACAAAAUUGGAGAUGCCUAAGACGGUAGUGACUCAAAGGGGAUUACAAAGAGAAAAGCAAGAAAAUAAAAUAACUAUGGCAUUAGCUUCUGUUGUUUGUAUGUUUUUGGUUUGUCAAGCCCCAAGUGCUAUAACGUUAAUUGUUAAGCUUAUGUAUUCACCUCCAAAACAUUCCACGGGUGACAACUUUUUAAGAGGGUUAGGAAGUAUAUUUAACUUUCUUCCUUUAUUCAAUGCUGCUUGUAAUUUUAUGUUGUACUGUGCUAUGAGCGAUAAAUACAGGCAAACCCUUUGUAUGAUAUUUUGCCUGUCAAGGAAAUAUCGUCAUUCUAGAGACAACACGUUUUCAUCUACUGCAAGCUUCAGAGCUUCAACUAAUGCUCACACAUUAUUUAAUGCUGCAGAACUUCAAGAUGUGUGAUU